AGUUGUAUGAAACAGUUGUAUUCGUUAAAGCAAUGCAACAAUAAAAUUGUGUUUUGUAUUGUACAAAUGGUCUACAAUAUGUACAAUGCAACUGUUUCAUAAGUUAGUAAAUAAAUAAAUAUUUAUAAAUUGAAUUUAUAAAUUAGUUUCAUGUUAACAUGUCAAACGACAGAUUUGUUCUCCAAGUUUAUGUUGGAGCUUUUAGCCGUUUAUAUGAGGCCUUGUCCAUUGAAGCAAGUAAACAGACAACAACAGAGGAGAUAAUUGAAUGUAUAGCCGAAAAAUUGAGUCUCCGAGAUGCCAAUAGUUACGAGCUUGCAGAAGUGAUACUUGGCCAUGAGGGCGAAGAUUGUAAAGAACGACGGAUAGGUCCUAGUGAAUGUCCUGUUGCCCUUCAACUAUUGUGGCCUCUUAAUCCUAAGUGUAACAACAACCAAGGUAUACCCAAAGAUGGUAAAAAUAAGGAUAUUUUUUCUGGUUUCAUUGGACCUGAGUAUAGAUUCUGCUUACGACGUAAAAUUAUGCAACAAUGUAUGAACUGGUCUUUCUCAUGGACCGAUAGUAAUGAUUCUCAACUUUUGAAAGAUUAUUUCCUUCGAUUCCUGUAUCAACCAAGAGACAGAGAGUACCCAGAUUUGUGCCAACUACCCGAUUUAACAGAGCAAACUUUAUUGGAAAAUCUUAAGGCAAGAUUUGAGAAAGGCCAUAUUUAUACCUAUGUUGGGUCCAUUUUGAUUGCCGUCAACCCUUUUAAAUUUUAUCCUAUUUAUAACCCUAAAUAUGUUCAACUUUAUCAAAAUCGCCGUCUUGGUGAUUUACCACCACACAUAUUUGCCAUUGCGGAUGCUGCCUAUCAGGCUAUGCUUCGCAAAAGAUGUAACCAAUGUAUUGUGAUAUCUGGUGAAAGUGGCUCUGGUAAGACAGAAAGCACCAAUCUUCUUCUUCACCAUUUAACUGCUCUUAGUCAAAAAGGCAGUCAUGGAAGCGGUGUGGAACAAACCAUUCUUGGAGCUGGGCCUGUCUUAGAAGCCUUUGGUAAUGCCAAGACAAAACAUAAUAAUAAUUCAAGUCGAUUCGGUAAAUUUAUUCAAGUUAAUUACAAAGAAAAUGGAAUGGUACAUGGUGCCGUGGUUCAAAAAUAUCUAUUGGAAAAGUCAAGGAUAGUUUCUCAAGCCAAAAAUGAGAGAAAUUAUCAUGUAUUCUAUUAUUUGUUGGCCGGCGCUGAUCAAGCUGAUAAAGAAGUUCUACAUUUAACUAAAGCAUCUGAUUAUUUUUACUUAAAUCAAAGUAAAUGUUAUACAUUAGAAGGGGUCGAUGAAGCUUACGAAUUCAGUCGGCUUAAACAGUCCCUUGAAAUGGUUGGAUUUUCACGGGAAAAACAGCGUCGAUUGUAUGCUGUUCUUUCAGCAGUACUUCAUCUAGGAAAUGUUGAAUUUACUAAAAAGUCAACUUACCACAGUGAUGAAACUGUGAUGGUGCAAAACGUUCAAGCAGUGUCCAUCAUUUCAAAAUUAUUAAUGGUCAAAGAGGAAACAUUGUUAAGUGCCCUAACCUGCAAAAAAACAAAAGCAGCCAAAGGUGAAACAAUAAUUAUCAAUUAUAAAAUGGCUGAUGCAGUGGCUACUCGAGAUGCCAUGGCAAAGUGUUUGUAUGGUGCUCUUUUUGAUUGGAUUGUUAUGCAAGUUAAUCAAGCUUUGUUAACCAAAAAAGAACCUCGUGAUCAUCGUGGUAACUAUAUUGGUGUUUUGGAUAUAUUUGGUUUUGAAGAUUUUGGUGAUCAAAAUUAUUUUGAACAGUUUUGUAUUAAUUUUGCCAAUGAACAUCUUCAUCAUUAUUUUAAUCAGCAUGUGUUUAAAUAUGAACAAGAGGAAUACAGGCGAGAAGGAAUCAAUUGGAAGAGUAUUGAUUUUCAUGAUAAUGUUGGUUGCCUUAAUCUUAUUGAGGGCCGUCCACAAGGUUUAUUGUGUUUAUUGGAUGACCAAUGUAACUUUCCAGGAGCUAGCAACUCAACGGUUUUACAAAAGUUUGUGAACCAUCAUCAAAAUAAUCCUUUAUUUGAAGUGCCUCCUUGUCGUCAGAGCGCUUUUGUGAUCAAACAUUAUGCGGGAAAAGUGAAAUACCAAAUUAAGGAUUUCCGUGAAAAAAAUAUGGACCUAAUGAGACCAGAUAUUGUUUGUUUAUUGAAAAGUAGUAGUUCUGCUUUUGUCCGUGAACUAGUUGGAUCAAAUCCUCUUGCCAUCUUCCGUUGGCAGAUAUUAAAGGCCUUCUUCAAAUCUUACUUUGUAUUCACCAAACUGAGAGAGCAAUCCAAGCAAAGAAGAGCCAUGAAUGGUGCCGGAUCGAUGAACACAACCUCAUCAAAAUCCAAAACCUGUAAAAUAGGUGCCUUUGAGAUGAAGCAAAGGAAGAACAAAUUCAUCAAACCCAAUAGCUUUAGGAGCACUGGUAGUGGUAUUGAGAAAAGUAUCAAAAGCUUACAAACGUUGAAAUUAAUAGUUGGUAAAACAAAUUAUCUACCUCCAUUGGGACGAACAGGUCGUAAACAAACACCCACUGUGACUGCACAAUUUCAGCAAUCGUUGAAUCAAUUGAUGGAAACAUUGAACCAAGCUAAUCCUUUUUUUGUACGAUGUAUCAAAUCAAAUGCGGAUAAAAUACCCUAUCAUUUUGAUGAUAUGCUGGUUUUGGUACAAUUACGUUACACUGGGAUGCUGGAGACGGUCACAAUCCGUCAAUCAGGAUAUUCUGUUCGUUUAAGUUUCGAUGAAUUUAUCCAACAUUAUCGUAUUUUAUUGCCUAAAGGUCUAUUAAGCUCACAAGCUGAUGUACGACAUUUUCUCGAACGAAUGAAUCUCAACCGUGAUAAUUAUCAAAUAGGAAAGACUAAAAUUUUUAUGCGAGAAAGUGAAAAAUUGGCUUUAGAUGAUAUGCUUCAUCAAGAAAUAUUAAGACGCAUUAUUACCUUACAACGCUGGGUUCGAACCUGGAUAACAAGAAAACGUUUCCAACAAAUGAGACAAGCUGUUGUUGUAUUACAAACUCACAUAAGACGUUGGUUAGCUCAGCAAAGGUUGAAUCAACUUAAAUGGAUUGCUCAUCUAGAAUAUCUUGCUGCUACUAUCAUUCAACGGAAUUGGCGAUGUUAUUAUGCACGUCAAUGUUUUUUAAGACUUCGACGAGCAACAGUUAUGUUCCAAAGUUAUGCUCGAGGCUUUAUUGUCCGUAGGAAAUUUAAUCAAGACUAUUUGGACCAAAAAUCAAAGAACCAUCAUCAAGUGAUGUCCAGUUUAUAUGGAUCAGGACAAGACAGUCAUUCAUCACAUUCUGAUGAAGCAUUUCUCUCAAAAGGUUCAAGUCAAGAGGAACUUGAAGCUGAUCGAACCUUAUCCAACGUUCAACAUCCCCAUCGACAUGCAGUUAAAAGUGUUGCUCGAAAGCAACAUUCAAAAGAUUCUGAAGACAGUUCAGGUGUCCAUGAAGAUUCUGAGCCGGAAAGUUUUCAUGUCCAUGAAAACAACUAUCUGACCUCACAAACAAGCGAUGAACCUCCUCCACCUCUUCCACCUAGAAGACAACCUCCACCACCGUUAAUUAUUCCAGCGUCUACAGAGCGAAAUUCUUACUCUGAAAGACCGCACCAUUUCUCAUGUUAUUCAAACACUCCAACAUCAAAUCAACCUUCUUCACUUCCACCAGCACCAACUUCAAUGAAUUCACUUUCACACACUUCACCUCUUCUCUCUGGUUCAUCACCUCAAUCUCUUCAACCGAUAUCAUCAUCUUCAUCACAACAACCUCUUAAAUCAUUGCAACCACAUCAAAUACCCUUACCAGCCGAUAAAUACAGUUUACCCUCACCCACAGAAGAUGAUGAUAAACCUCGCCUUGACAGACGACGAACACGACCUUUCCGUAAAGUUUCAUUGAAAAGAUCAAAAUCAAAUAAAGGUCCUGUCAGUUCAGUUUUCUCAGAAAGUCUUGGAGGCCAUGAAAAAGUUGCCAAAUCACCUUCCGAGGCAGAUAUAGUAAUUGUCAAAAAACCUAUUAAAGAAAUGGUCUCAGAACCGUGUAUUCCUUCAUCACCUUCCAAAAUUAAUCCACCGGACUCAUUUUUAUCCUCUGAAGGUGGCCGUGAUCAAAAGGGAGCAUUCCAAAAGGCAAAGAAACACAUUCGAACCUUUAUCACUGGAAGUAGCAGUAAUAAAACAGAGAAGAAAUCUAAAGCUGAAGGUGAAAAUCAUCAAUGGGAGACUGAAAAUCAUUCAAUUUAUUCAACAGAAGAGAGCCAUAAUAAUCAAACCAUUUCUAGUCAAUCUAAAUCCAAGAAGUCAAAACCUUCGCCACUUUAUUCAUCUCUGUUGCCAACCAAUAACUCGUCUUCAACCACGACACCAUCGCCGACAAGCAAUACACCGACCCCAAACACAACAAGUACUACACCAUCGGGUGAACCCUUAUCACAUUAUAACUCACUCACUCGACAUAGCCUGAAAAGUGUCAUCUCUUUUCAAAAAAGUGAUAUUUGUGCUCUCUGUGAACAAGUUAUGUAUCAAAAUUCAUCAACCCUGGUUAAUAGUGGUUUCCGUUGUGCUGAAUGCUCUCUUCUUUUUCACACAACUUGCCUUUCAAAUGCCAAUUCAGUACCUUGCAUUGACAAAAGCAAAUUAGCACUCUUUUCUUCUUCCAAAAUGAACUCUCCUCACAAUCCUUCGCGUCCACCACGAAACAAAACACGAGGGAAAAGCUCUAAAAACUAUUCGAGUGGAGGAAACAAUUUAUCAUCUAAACAUGAUACAAUGGUUUCAACUGGUUCAUCACUUAGUGGAAGUAGCCAAGCAAAUGGAAGCUCAAAUUCAUCAUCAUCCUGGAAUGUUACUCGGACUACUGAAUUCAUUGAUCCAAAAGACAUUCUCAUUACUGAUGUUACUGAACUUCACUAUAUGGAAAUAUUCAUCAAUAACAAAAUCAUGGCAAUGGAAGAGUCAAAGAAAAGUCAUGCUAAGGAAUCAAUGGUCGAUGUUGUAUUUAAGAUUGCUCUUAAAGAGUUUAAAUCUAACCUGUUAUCAACUUAUUCAGUAGCGGUCGCUCAAGAUGGCCAACUUCACAUUGCCUAUAAAAAUUUGAUUGAUCAUUUUGGCCAAGUAAUUAUGAAUGUUUGCCAAAAGGAGAAUACAUGGAAAUCGUUUCCAGUCAUAAUGGGUGUUAACGCAUUCAGAGGGUUUCUCGACGAAUUUCGUAACCUUGGCUCUAAAGUACCACCCGAAGAUACCAAGGCUAAAUCAAAGAGACGUAAAAGAGGUGGAGGAACUAGUGGUAACAAUUCAAGUGGUAGUGGUAAAAAGAAGGAAUCUCGUGAAGAGUUUAUACUCAAAUGUGAUCACAAAUUUACUUCAAUGAUGGCAAAUAUACCCACCGUUUGUGAAGUAUGUUCAACCCUGAUGUGGUUGACGGAAAAAAUUUGGGUCUGUCAGGGAUGUAAAUUUACAUGUCACAAAAAGUGUACCUCUAAGGUUACCGUUUCAUGUAGAGAUAAAACUCUUUUGCAACAAGGUAAAAAGCUAUUUGGUGCUCCGUUGGAAAGAUUGGUAUCGGAUGAGAUUAAAAUGCCGACCGUUUUAGAGAAUCUAAUUACUGCCAUUGAAUUGCGAGGUCUUUACACCGAAGGAAUUUACCGUAAAUCGGGAACAACUUCUAAAAUAAACGAGCUUAAGGCUAAAUUAGAGGAUAACAUUGAAACCGUUGACCUAGAUUCAUAUUCUGUCCAUGUGUUGACGGCUGUACUGAAAUCAUUUUUCAGAGAAAUGCCUAACCCUUUAAUGACCUACCAAUUGUAUGAUGAUUUUCUUUGGACAACGGCCAUUUCUGAUCCGUCUGAACGAGUUCAAGCAAUCUAUUCUCAUAUAGCCAAGCUACCUCGUGCCAAUUAUGAUGUACUUGAAAGGUUAAUCUUUCAUUUAGCCCGAGUGGCUCAACAAGAAGCUGCUAAUCGUAUGAAUGCAAACAGUUUGGCAAUUGUUUUUGCUCCCUGUAUUUUAAGAACUGAUAAAUUAAUGCAAAUGCAGGAUAAACUUAGUGACAUUAGUAAACAAACAAAAUGCAUUGAAACAAUAAUUAACGAUCGAUUAAAACAAGUUAAGGAUACAUUGGCAGAUAUUGAGAUGUUGGAUAGUGUUUAUCACACAACAUCUUCAAGACUAAGCUCUCUCAAAAUGUCAAAGUCUCAACCAAUUCGUGAUAAUGCUGGUCAAACUAGUCGAAACUCUCAGCAAGACGAAGAAGAGGUUUUAACUCAACAAAUCGAUAUUCUGCGUCAUGAAAAAGCUCAUCUGACUAACAUUUUGCCCACAUUUAAUCUGGUAUCCGCCGGAUCUGAUGAUGACUUACUUAGCACAGGAACGGAACUUGAAAGUUCUUUAGGAACAAGUUUGGAUGAAGUUAGUCUUUACUCAAACACUAAAAUACCCGUCAGUGUAAGAAAUACAAAUCUUGAUUUUCCAUCACUCCCUUCCCAACCACUCAACCUUAAUCAUUUGACAAAAAGUCGUGUUUCUCAGGUUCCACUUAAUAGACGAUUACCAUCUAGAUUUUCAAAGCCUGUUCGUGGAGGGCCUUCACCUAGAAUUGGUCGAUCACCAGUUCGACGGAGAAAGGAUCAAGUUAAAGACUCUCAGCGUGAAGGGAUGAGAGUUUAUCGUAACGAUGAUAACUCUGUUCGAGUUUAAAAUGCUUUUUACUCUACACUUUCUAAAACUCGCCCUUGUUGAUCUACUAGCGCUUCUAUCCUAAAAGUCCAACUCAAUCUGUUGUCAACUCAUAAUCUAGGAAUCUACAUAUUAAUUAAGAAAGCAUCUCCUCCAUAUUUUCUUAUAAGCAAACUAAACAAAAUCACCUAAUUCCUUCCAUAGAAAAACCAUCCAUCCAUCGAAAUUAAAGCCUCUUAUAUCCUUGUUGCUCUAUUUAACUAUUAAUUACCCAAACACAAUCAGACAAACAAAUGAAACAACCGUUGUAAUUUUAUUCUCCUAACUCAUUUGAUCAUCGCUCAUUCACUUCUGAUUGAAAUCGGACGGAAAACAGGACCAAAUUAUCAUUUCGGGAACAACUUUAAAGCAUUUUUUCAUCCACAUAAACUUUCAUUUCACAAUUGUUCACCAGUAAAUUUUAAUUGUUUCAUCUUUUCUCAAACUUCUGACUUUUCUAUCUUUAUUUUCUAUUUGCUAUUAAAAUUAAAUGCAAUAAAUUAAA